AUUUUAGUUUAUCAAUGAUAGCACGCUUGUCUUCAACAUUCUUAAAAAACUUAAGACAAGCUAUUUGCUAUGUCCCAGAUACAGAAAUCACAUUGAAUGAUAAAGUCUUCUAUUUUGAAUAAAAUCAAGUUUAAGCAAUACCUGUUAAGUCUCUACUCAAAGAAUAUUUACUGUUGGAAACUGAAUAUGUUGAGGAAGCUAGUCAAACAGAAUAGGACUCCAAUGAAACCUAAGAAUAAUAGGAGGAAUAUUCUGAUGAUGAAAAUAAUGGAGAUGACUAGGGACCCUCUGGUGGAAGAAUGAUGCCCGUAAUUGAACUAAUUAAAGGAUUUAUUCCUAGAGUUGUUGGUGCAAUUUGAGCAUUUUAAAUUCAAAAUUUACACGCAAUUAUAUAAUUAAAAUUCAUAUAUAU